CAGUGCUGCUGGACUAACACCGACGCUACCUUCUCAUAUUUCUUUAAUUAGGAAUUAUAAUUCUCUUUUGGAUUAUUCAUUUGUUGCCUGUGAUUCGUGUUUCUAUCAUUUAAAAGUUCUAAAUUUGUACAAUGUUUUGACAUGUUGCAAGCAUCAGCAUCACAUACAAUGGCCAAUGCAGCUACUCCUGCACUGUACCAACACAGCCAGCCAUCUUAUGAUCUUCUGGUGAUGAUUGAUCAGCCAUAUGGUGGACAACCACAGCUUGCCAGGAUUAAUUUUGUAGCAGAAUCUCAACCCAGUAGAGGCCUUGCAAACAGCCAUCAUGUUGUUGUUCCUGCUGCCAGUAAAGCUCCAUCCUUUUCUGUUGGUCACUCUUCUGGCACUAGCUCGUCAAGCAAAAUUUCAUUUAUCUCCUCGUCGGAGACAAAAGCUAUAUCAACCUUGCCUUUGCCAGCUUCCAUCAACAAAUAUCUCCCUUCUGUUAAGCAGCAGCCUAAAUUUGAGCAAGAAUUUAAAAAGCCAGAUCAGGUUGUGAAUUCUAAUGGAGUGUCAACUCAAGCUGUGCCCUCAUUGGUUGCCUCAACCCCAAAACCAAUCACAAAUGUUGUCCUUGAAGGACCAUUACAAGUACUUGACCCAACUAAGCUUCCAUUUGUUCAAACUGAAAGGCGAUCUAAGCUGACCACCAAAGAAUUGAAGCCUAGACCGACCACCAAAGAAUUGAAGCCUAGACCGACCACCAAAGACUUGAAGCCUAGACCAAGAACUGCCUCUCAAACAUCCAGCAGUGAUGAUGUCAAACCAGCACCAGGAUUACAAAGAGUGCCAUCGAGUGGACCUUACUCUGUAGCACCUGCCAAUCCCCAAAAAUCAUUGGAUCGCAGAUCUAGUUUCCCAUUACCAAAUGUAAAAGAAGUUAAAAAACCUGAGUGUAGUUUAGAGUUGACUACACUGUUGAAUGAGCAAAAAAAAUUAUUGGACACUGUGAAAUCUGUUUCGACUGCUAAACAAGAUACCCAGAAAGCUCAAAUGUGGAGUUCCACAGACGAUGAAACAUCAUGCGACACCAACAGCAUUCCUGACUUGGACCAGGUGAACAUUGAAGAAGAAAACGAAGAGGAGAUUUCUGAGUAUGAUAAAAUGAAGAACAUGGAAGACCUCAGCUGCAACUUUAAAUGGCUUUUCUCGGAGGAGAAAUUGCAGAACACACCAAGUGUGGAAAGUGGUAUAAGUCUGGAGCAGGAAUUAACUUUUCGUCAGAAGCAAGCCAUGCUCAUACAGACAAUUGGAUUGAAAUCUGGCCUAACACAGUUAGCUGUGAACACAAGUGUCAUAUUUAUGCACAGAUUUUACAUGUUUCGGACUGUCAAGGACUUUCCUAGAGUCCAUCUUGCAUUAGGAUUUGCUUUUGCUGGAGGUAAAGUUGAAGAAAGUGCCAGAAAGUUGGAACAUUUGAUACGCACAGCCAUUGAAAUCAUUAAGAGCAACAAAAAUAGAGAAUUCUUAGACAGAAAUGAUCCUCUUACCUACGAGUUGGAUAGCCAGUGGAGAGGGAAAAUGGAAGCUUUGAUUCAAAAUAGCUGCAACAUAGAAUCCACCGCUUACCAGGAAAUGAGGAAGCUUGUCCUCGAGUGUGAGACAGAGAUCUAUGCAGUCAUUGGUUUCCAGCUCCAAAUUGUGCAUCCACAUAAUUAUGUUAUACGAAUGUGUGCUCUGUUAGGAGCUGAAAAUAUAAAAGAUAUAUCUCAGUAUGCAUACAAUUUGGCUACUGCUAGCUCACAGUUGACAAUGCUUUGUUUGAAAUAUAAACCAGAGACUAUAGCUACUAUGUGUUUAAACAUCGCCUCUAAAGCUCAUUCUGUUAGAUUUGUCUCCAUGAAAGACCCUAAUGUGAAAUGGUACCAGGUGUUACAUUCCCAGACUGAUAUUGCUGAAAUUGAAUCUGUUUCAGAAGAAUUUCUCAAUUUGAUCAAAGGCUGUCCUCUUCUGCCAUCAUGGAUGACUAAUUUAUCCAGGAUGUCCAGAACUGCUAAUAACAACAGGCCUCAGGCAGCAGCAGCUCCAAGAGCUGGCCCUUCAACUGCACCUCCUGGAACAAAACCAAGUCAGAUCCCAGGAACAUCGUCUGGUGCUGCGGCUGCUGCUAGUAGUGUCAGUCACCCUUCUUCAUCUUCGUCAUUGGCAACUCACCCAGCACGACCAUUACAACAAAAUGUAGACAUUUCUCAGACAUCUUCAACGGGACAGGAAGCAGCUGGCAGUCCUAAUGGUAAACAGGGUACCACAGCUGGUGAUAGUGGCCUUGGUGCUGCAGCAUCUAUUGGGCAAUCUAAGGACUCCUCACAUUCUCGUGCACAGAAUGCUCAGAUGCGACCGCCAACGUCAUCCUCUGCCCCUGCCCCUCCUAACAACCACCAACAGCAGCAUCGCUCACAUCCAAGUGGACGACCACAGAACCCCACACCAUCAGUUCCACCUGGGACCAGCAGCAAACCUCAGCCAAGACAUCCAGGAGCAUCAGCUCCAAGUAGCAGGCCAUCUAAUCAACAUCAUACAACUCAUUCAUCUAGUCACACAUCAAGCAGACCAACCAGUGAUCCCAGCAGACACCAUGCAGACCCUGGGAAACCACAUGAUCCAUCCCGUUCCCAUGAUCACUCAAGAAUUAACCAUGAUGUAUCCAAACAGAAAGAUCCUCACAGGCACCAAGACCCAGCUCGACACACUCAGCCACGUCCUGAGGGACAACCUGACUCGGGCUCUAAAUCCCAACCCAGUCGUGAAGAAUCUAUAGCCCUCAGACACCAGCAAGCUAAGUCUGCUGCUGAUUAUAUAUCUGCUCAGGAAUCUACAGAACAACCUUUUUCAACAUCCCCUUCUGCCCCAACCCAAAGCCCUCCAGAAUUUGAUGCAAAUGCCAUUGUUAAUAGUUCAGAAAUAGCAAAAGCUCCCAGCCACUCAACACCCCCUGAACAAAAAGUAAAGUCUUCAGAUAGCAGCAGUCAGUUACAGCAGCAAGCUUCUAAACUAUCUUUGUCCAUGUAUAGAGAGCGUGCCAAAUCUAAAGCAGCAAAUGAAUCACUAUCAGUGGUUGAAGAUUCAAGCCAAGUUCCUGUAAUGGCAGAGGACACAGUUUUUGAUGCGCUAGCAGGGUCUACCAACAACUCUCCUGUGGAGAAAAGCUUAAAGCUCAGUGCCGCUAACACACCUCAAAAUAUGGACAGUCCCAAUGCUCCUAGUCUUAAAAUCAAAGUGAAGCUUGACCCAUCUGGUGAGAGGCAUUAUGUGAAAAAUACAGAGCCAAGCUUGAAGCUGAAAAUAAAACCAUUAAAGUCUGAUACAGCUGAUGGAGAUCAUGUCCCUGGUGGGUCCAAAAUGUCUUCAAGAUCUAACACACCUUUUGAAGAAGGUGAAAUUAUUGACGAGUCAUCCCCUUCACUGUCUUCGUUAGAGAAGAAAUCUGAAGGUUUGAAAAUUCGCCUUUCUGUUCCCAGAUCAGGGGAUAGUUCUAGCAGCUACAGCAGGCGAGAAAGUGACCAUAGCUCAAAUGGACACGAAAGAGAGUCACAUAGAUCACACCAUCAUGGUCACCACAGUCGCAGCCACCAUCAUAAAAGCAAGAAGCAUUCUUCUAAACACGACCGCUCCCGUCAUGAGAGCAAAUCUUCUAAGAGAUCUGCCCCUGACUACCUUGAGGAGAGGCCUUCUAAAGCUAUGAGGCUGGAAACCUCUGGGAGGCACCAUGAGAACGUCUCAUCUCAGGUACUGCAGCACCAGAACAGUGGUUUCAGCAUCAAUGAUGCAUUCUCCUCCACCCUGCCCAACAACAUAUUUGAUGAUGAUGAUGAAGAUGAUGGCUCCCAUGCACACCCUCCCAUCACCCCACCGCCUGACCUCAUGUACAGACAGUCUCGCCAAAAGUUGGAGUACAAGAGACCGCCGCUGCCUAAAGGUUUGCCUCCGCCGUCGCCACCCCCUCCCCCACCAUCUCCCCCAACUUUAUGAGCACGCUUUUGGUCUUAGGAAUUGUUCAUGACAUCCAAGUUUUCACCUCAAGUUUUGUUUAUGUGGCACAGAAUCAUGUCAGAGACAACCGUCUCCUGUGUGGUGCAAUCACCAUUCCAUUCUCACCAUAAUUUUGCUGGUUUUGUUUUAUUUCAUUGUUAAGGCAUUGAAGUUGAAAUGCUCAACUUGUAUUUUGUGUUUUUAUCAUCUCUUAUUAGUAUUUUUUGUUGACCAUCCAGAAAUUGGUGGGUCUCAAAAAGUUUGUGUCUAUUUGUUCUUGUGAACCCAUUUUUCUACUUUGUGUCAAGACUUAGCUUCAGUUUGGAAUGGAGUAACAUAAAACAGUAUUGCUUGUUUGUCUGGCCUGGCUGAGUGUUAGUGAUGUCUUGGUUUGACAGUUGGACUGUUUGGUUAGUUGACUUGAUCCUGUCAAUAGCCUUGUCUUUCAUUAUCAUAUUCUUGACUUGUUUAAAUAUGUCAACUUUUUAUAUAUCUACCAUUUUUUUGUUUUACCUGCAUUAAACUAGCAAUGAAUAUAAUGAAUGAGAUUUAGUCCAUAGUGUUGCCUUUUAGAAUGUGAAUAUUAUGAAUGAUUUGGUUGUUUUGAAAGACAAAGGAGGAAAAAACUCUGUAACAUCAUGGAACUUAUUUAUUUUAAGUGUUUGUAUGCUGUGCCUUUGAAUAGUUGAUAUCAAAAUUAGUUUGACUGAUGACCUAACAGCAAAUACUGUGUUGUGUAAGGGUUAGAUUCCAAACCCAUGGGGCAUAUUUUUAAAAGAAAUUUCACUGGCUUGGCAGAAAUUCAUGUACCUGGUUCGACAUAUUUUUUUAAAAAUCAACCCCAUAAUGUAAACUUAAAUUCUGUAUAUAUUAAGAUAUCUAUAAAAACACUUCAUCCACUGGAUCAGAAAGUUUACUCUCUCGACCAGACAGUACACUAUGCCCUGUAACAUCAAAUGUUGUGAUGGUCACACCAUGUAGUGGGACUAGUUUAAUAUGUAAAUACUGUGACAUAAAACCUUGGACUGAUGUAUAAUUGAAAACACCCUAGCCAGAUAUCAUCAGACAUUAUUUCCUUUAUAUAUUUCCUAAGGGUGACCUGUACUUACUAUAGAGUAGCUUCAUGCUAUUGUUUGAUAUGAAAUGUUUUGACUUGUAAAUGAAUGUUAUAUAAAAUACUGGCAUCUUUAAAAAGAAUUGACUAGUUUAUUAUUUUUUUACACAGUGUCUUCAAAAUAAAGGUCAUUUAGUUUUUUGUUCAUCAGGCAUCUUUUUUUUUCUUUAUAUUUUCAACUUAUGUUCCAUUGUAUUGAAAGAUCUAAUAAAAACUUGACCAAAAAAAAAACAAACAAC